UUUUCUACUGGCCGGUACGGACAGCUGCACAAACCCACCCAAGUGACCAAGUCGACCACUCCCACACGCAGCCUCCCCGCUCCCUCUCCACGACAAUUGGCCUCGCAAGCAACCCGAUCAACGACCUUCUUCUCAAUUAUUCUCUCCCUCUCUCGCUCUCCUCCGCCCCGCUGCGCUUGCUAUCAAGGUUCCUCGCACGUGCCCCCCCGGCCAGCACAAGCACCAGCACCUUAUGGAUGCACAGCCAUAGAUAGAGCAUCGUCCGUCUAGCUUCUUGCUCCGAUCACUUGGCAAUCGCGUGGGCGUCCCCAGACGUCGCGUACGUGCUUCUCGGUCAAUGACGAAGUCGGCGACCUCCCUCCUCCUCGGCGCGGCGCUCGCGACGGCCUUCUUCCUGUUCUACACCUCCGUGCGCCGCGGCCUCGGCGAGGGGCCGGCCAGGUCGACGCCGCCGCGGUGGACGCAGGAGAAGGUGGAGGAUAGCGUCAGGGCUGCAGCUAAGAAGCAAGCGGUCGCCAAGUGGGAGGAGGAGGAGGAGAGGAAGGAUGUGGUUAGCAGCGGCAGAGACGAGCAAAUGCCAGAGCAGCAGAUUGUGAUGCCUGCAACCCAGCAACAGGAGGACAAGCCUCAAGAUCUUGCCGAUCUGCUCCAGCGAGCGUCCACGGCAGACCGGACGGUCCUGAUAACGGCGCUCAACGAGGCAUGGGCAGCGCCGGGGUCAUUCCUGGACCUGUUCCUGGAGAGCUUCCAGCACGGCGAGAACACGGCAUACUUGGUGAAGCACCUGCUGGUUGUGGCCAUGGACAAGAAGGCCUUCGACCGUUGCAACGCCGUGCACCCAUUUUGCUACUGGUUCAGAGUGGAAGGCAUGGACUUCGCCUCUGAGCAGAAGUACAUGAAGGGCGACUACCUCGAGAUGAUGUGGAAGAGGAACAGGUUCCAGCAGACCAUCCUUGAGCUAGGAUACACCUUCCUUUUCACCGACGUGGACAUCCUGUGGUUCCGGGACCCGUUCCCGCACAUAUCCCCGACGGCACAGCUUGUGAUGUCAUCGGACUUCUUUGUCGGUGACCCGAACUCGGCCGGGAAUUACCCCAACGGUGGCCUGCUCUACGUCAAGUCCUGCGAAGGUUCCAUCGGCUUCUACAAGCACUGGCAGUCGUCGCGGGCGCGGUUCCCAGGGAUGCAUGAGCAGUACGUGUUUGACAAGAUCGUCAAGGAAGGAGUCCCCGCUCACCUUGGCACCAAGGUGCAGUUCCUGGACACCAGCAACUUCGGAGGCUUCUGCCAGCACGGCAAGGAUCUGGGCAAGAUCUGCACCAUGCACGCCAACUGCUGUGUGGGGCUGGAGAACAAGCUGUUUGAUCUCAAGAACGUGCUCCAGGAUUGGAAGACCUACAAGGCGCGCAUCGCCGUCGGGAACACGGAUUACUUCUCCUGGAGGGUGCCCGGGAGGUGUAUACAUUAGUUAGUGGACACAUGGUCUUGCUCGGUCAGGGGAUCGACUAAGGAGCUAUUGGUUAGGCAAGCUGCUAAGGGGUCUUGUAAGCAAGGUGAUUAUUCACUUCCUUCUUUUGAUUGUAAUUGGUGGGUCUGCCUGAUAAUUAUAUUGUUUAAAAAAAAAAAGGAGGCCGAGGCCCUGCAACAGGACAAGAUAACCAACCAAAGAGCCACAAAAGCUAAUUAUAAUGCUUAGAGCAUCCGCAA